AUGCAGUUUGAGAUGGGGGACAAAGUAUUUCUAAAAGUUUCGCUGACUAAAGGAUUAUCCAGGUUUGGAGUGAAAGGAAAGUUAAGACCGAGAUUCAGAGGACCGUACGAGAUUUUGGAGAAAAUAUGCUCAGUCGCCUACAGAUUAGCACUUCCACCAAAUUUUGGCAAUGUGCAUAACGUGUUCCACGUGUCGCAAUUGCGAAAGUACGUCUUCAACCCCAAACAUGUCGUCCACCAAGAAGAGAUAGAAGUUGAAGCAGAUAUGAACUAUGAAGAGAGACCUGAAAUGAUCUUGGAUAGAAAGAUCCAGAAACUGCGAAAUAAAUCCAUUUCUUUAGUCAAGGUCCAAUGGAGACACCAUGGGCGAGAGGAAGCGACGUGGGAACUAGCGAACAAGAUGAGAGAGAAGUACCCUGAGUUAUUUAGCGAGGUACGCAAAUUUCGGGACGAAAUUUAUUUUCAGGGGGAGAGCUAA